CUUUUGUUACUGCACGGCUGCGCUACACAUGAUGCGUUGAACACCUUGUCGCACCACAAGGCCGGAACACCACGACCCUUUGAGAUAAAAAUUCUCAGGACUAUGCGCAAGUGCUUCAGCACAUGCGCGAGAACACUAAGCCAUGAGAACCCACUAGGUCUCCCCCGGUCCUCCAGACCGGGACCACCUCCCACCAUCCCCCGCGCCCAACGCGGCCUCCCCACCAAACGUCCCGUCCCCCAUGUCAGACACACCAUCGCCGUGUCCUCGGCCAAGGGCGGCGUGGGCAAGUCGACGCUCUCCGCGAACCUCGCGCUCUCCUUUUCGCGCCACGGCCUCCGCACGGGUCUCCUCGACACCGACGUCUUCGGGCCCUCGGUGCCCACGCUGCUGGGGCUGACGGACCCGUCCAUCUCACACCCCACGACCACGCCCUCGGGCAACCUCGUCCCCCUGACCUCGCACGGCCUCCGGAGCAUGUCGAUGGGAUACCUCCUGCCGUCCGAAUCCGCACCGGUGGCCUGGCGUGGGCUCAUGGUGAUGAAGGCGCUCCAGCAACUCCUCUGGGACGUGGACUGGUCUCCGGGCUUGGACGUGCUCGUCCUCGACAUGCCCCCCGGCACGGGUGACGUGCAGCUCACCAUCGGGCAGCAGGUCCAGCUCUCGGGAGCCGUGGUGGUCAGCACGCCCCAGGACAUCGCGCUCAAGGACGCGGUCAAGGGCGUCGAAAUGUUCAAGAAGAUGCAGAUCCCCGUCCUCGGCAUGGUGCAGAACAUGAGCGUUUUCGUGUGUCCCAAGUGCGGCGAGGAGACCAAGAUAUUCUCCCACUCGCAGUCACAUUCCCACGCGGGACAAGGCGGCGCAGAGUCCAAAGCGAGUGAACUGGGUGUCGAUUUCCUCGGCGAUGUUCCCUUGGACGCCAGGAUAUGUGCAGACGCAGACCGCGGCAUGCCCACCGUCGUCGCGGAGGAGGCGAGCGGCGUCAAGGUCAAUACUGGUUAUUAUGAGAGGGUAGCAGAAAAGGUGGCGACAAAGAUUGGCUUGGAGUGGUCUUGAUGCAUUCUCCAUCGGAUACAUGUACACACAUGAGUGAGGGAGAUUAUCUGUAUGAGUAUCUGCGGGCCUCGUUCCAGAUCGAUAUAUGGAGUAAAAUGUGUGCUGUGUACAAAUUACUUCGUUAUGUGUGAUAUAUACUACAAAUAUUUUGUUAUAACCUGACAGACAAAAGUGUACGGUAUCAAUCAAUAGUCAUAAUCAUCUCUGAUUAAAUGCCGGCCAAGCGCCAUUAACUUGGUGCCAACACAGGCU